UGUAGUUGGUAGCGAGCCGACCCUCGCGAUUGCCUCAGCUAGAGUGAAGCGUGUACUCUGGUGUCUUGGGAAGCUGGCUUCUGAGAGCGCGGGGAGACGUUGAAACCUUUGAGGGUGUCGCCUUGCUCACUGUGGAUUUGUAGAGUCGGUUGAGCGGCGUCAUGGCGGAACGAAAAGGAACGGCUAAAGUGGACUUUUUGAAGAAGAUUGAGAAAGAAAUUCAACAGAAAUGGGAUACUGAAAAAGUGUUUGAAGUCAAUGCAUCUGAUUUAGAGAAGCAGACUAGCAAGGGCAAGUACUUUGUAACCUUCCCUUAUCCAUAUAUGAAUGGGCGCCUUCAUUUGGGACACACGUUUUCUUUAUCCAAGUGUGAGUUUGCAGUAGGGUACCAGCGAUUGAAAGGAAAAAGCUGUCUGUUUCCCUUUGGCUUGCAUUGUACUGGAAUGCCUAUUAAGGCAUGUGCUGAUAAAUUGAAAAGAGAAAUAGAGCUGUAUGGUUACCCCCCUGAUUUUCCAGAUGAAGAAGAGGAAGAGGAAGACAUCAAUGUUAAAACAGAAGAUAUAAUAGUUAAGGAUAAAGCUAAAGGAAAAAAGAGUAAAGCUGCUGCUAAAGCUGGAUCUUCUAAAUACCAGUGGGACAUUAUGAAAUCCCUUGGCCUAUCUGAAGAAGACAUUGUAAAAUUUUCUGAAGCAGAACAUUGGCUUGAUUACUUUCCACCACUGGCUAUUCAGGAUCUAAAGAGAAUGGGUUUGAAGGUAGACUGGCGUCGUUCCUUCAUUACCACUGAUGUUAAUCCUUACUAUGAUUCUUUUGUCAGAUGGCAAUUUUUAACGUUAAGAGAAAGAAACAAAAUUAAAUUUGGGAAGCGGUAUACCAUUUAUUCUCCUAAAGAUGGACAGCCUUGUGUGGAUCAUGACAGACAAACUGGAGAGGGUGUUGAACCUCAAGAAUAUACUUUAAUCAAACUGAAAGUGCUUGAGCCAUACCCAUCCAAAUUAAGUGGCCUGAAAGGUAAAAAUAUUUUUUUGGUAGCUGCUACUCUCAGACCUGAGACUAUGUUUGGACAGACAAACUGUUGGGUUCGUCCUGAUAUGAAGUACAUUGGAUUUGAGACAGUGAAUGGUGAUAUAUUUAUCUGCACCCAAAGAUCAGCCAGGAAUAUGUCAUACCAGGGCUUUACCAAAGACAACGGUGUGGUUCCUGUUGUUAAAGAAUUAAUGGGGGAGGAAAUUCUUGGUGCAUCACUUUCUGCACCUUUAACAUCAUAUAAAGUGAUCUAUCUUCUCCCAAUGCUAACCAUUAAGGAGGAUAAAGGCACUGGUGUGGUCACAAGUGUUCCUUCUGAUUCCCCUGAUGAUAUUGCUGCCCUCAGAGACUUGAAGAAAAAGCAAGCCUUACGAGCAAAGUAUGGAAUUAGAGAUGACAUGGUCGUGCCAUUUGAGCCGGUGCCAGUCAUUGAAAUCCCAGGUUUUGGAAAGCUUUCUGCUGUAACCGUUUGUGAUGAGUUGAAAAUUCAGAGCCAGAAUGACCGAGAAAAACUUAGAGAAGCAAAGGAGAAGUUAUAUGUAAAAGGAUUUUAUGAUGGUAUUAUGUUGGUGGAUGGAUUUAAAGGACAGAAGGUCCAAGAUGUAAAGAAGAGUAUUCAGAAAAAGAUGAUCGACAGUGGAGAUGCAUUUAUUUACAUGGAACCAGAGAAGCAAGUGAUGUCCAGGUCUUCAGAUGAAUGUGUCGUGGCUCUGUGUGACCAGUGGUACUUGGAUUAUGGAGAAGAGAAUUGGAAAAAACAGACAAUUCAGUGUUUGAAGAGCCUGGAAACAUUCUGUGAGGAGACCAGGAGAAAUUUUGAAGCUACCUUGGAUUGGCUGCAAGAACAUGCAUGCUCAAGAAGUUAUGGUCUAGGGACUCGCUUGCCUUGGGAUGAGCAGUGGCUGAUUGAAUCACUCUCUGAUUCCACUAUUUACAUGGCAUUUUAUACAGUUGCACACCUGUUGCAGGGGGGUAACUUGCGUGGGCAGGCAGAGUCUCCUCUGGGUAUCAGACCACAACAGAUGACCAAGGAAGUUUGGGAUUAUGUUUUCUUCAAAGAAGCUCCAUUUCCCAAUACUCAAAUCUCAAAGGAAAAAUUAGAUCAGUUAAAGCGGGAGUUUGAGUUCUGGUAUCCUGUGGAUCUUCGAGCAUCUGGCAAGGAUCUUAUUCCAAAUCAUCUUUCAUAUUACCUUUAUAAUCAUGUGGCUAUGUGGCCGGAACAAAGUGAGAAGUGGCCUGUAGCUGUGAGAGCAAAUGGACAUCUCCUCCUUAACUCAGAGAAGAUGUCAAAAUCCACAGGCAACUUCCUCACUUUGACUCAAGCUAUUGACAAAUUUUCAGCUGAUGGAAUGCGCUUGGCUUUUGCUGAUGCUGGUGACACUGUUGAAGAUGCCAACUUUGUGGAAGCCAUGGCAGAUGCAGGUAUUCUUCGUCUGUACACCUGGGUAGAAUGGGUGAAAGAGAUGCUUGCCAACCGGGACAGCCUAAGAAGUGGUCCUGCCAACACUUUCAAUGAUCGAGUUUUUACCAGUGAAAUGAAUGCAGGAAUUAUGAAAACAGAUCAAAAUUAUGAAAAGAUGAUGUUUAAAGAAGCUUUGAAAACAGGAUUUUUUGAGUUUCAGGCGGCGAAAGAUAAGUACCGUGAAUUGGCCAUAGAAGGGAUGCACAGAGAACUUGUGUUCCGGUUUAUUGAAGUGCAGACACUUCUCUUGACUCCAUUCUGUCCACAUUUGUGUGAGCAUAUUUGGACACUCCUGGGAAAGACUGAUUCAGUUAUGCAUGCUUCAUGGCCUGUGGCAGGUCCUGUGGAUGAAGCCUUGAUACGUUCCUCACAGUAUCUCAUGGAGGUAGCACAUGACCUAAGACUACGACUCAAGAACUACAUGAUGCCAGCUAAAGGGAAGAAGAUUGACAACUAUCUGCCUCAGAAGCCCUCACAUUGCACUAUCUAUGUGGCAAAGAACUAUCCACUGUGGCAGCAUACCACCCUGUCAAUUUUACGUAACCACUUUGAGGCCAACAAUGGGAUAUUGCCUGAUAACAAAACUAUUGCUGCUGAACUAGGCAGUUUGCCAGAAUUGAAGAAAUAUAUGAAGAAAGCUAUGCCAUUUGUUGCCAUGAUUAAGGAAAAUCUGGAGAAGAUGGGGCCUCGUGUUCUGGAUUUGCAAUUAGAAUUUGAUGAACAGGCAGUUCUUAUGGAGAAUAUAGUCUACCUGACAAAUUCCCUUGAGCUAGAACACAUAGAAGUCAAGUUUGCCUCUGAAGCAGAAGAUAAAGUCAGGGAAGACUGUUGUCCUGGGAAACCACUUAAUGUUUUUAAAACAGAACCUGGUGUGUCAGUUUCCUUAGUGAAUCCUCAACCAUUCAAUGGUCACUUCUCAACCAAAAUUGAAAUCAGGCAAGGUGAUAACUGUGAUUCCGUAAUUAGGCGUUUAAUGAAGAUGGACCGAGGAAUCAAAGACCUUUCCAAAGUGAAACUGAUGAGAUUUGAUGAUCCACUUUUGGGACCUCGACGAGUUCCUGUCCUAGGAAAAGAGCACACUGAGAAGACCCCUAUUUCUGAGCAUGCUGUUUUCGAUGUGGACCUUGUUGCUUUUUGCUAGCUGCACUGUCACGGCUUUAAAGAGCUGUAUGGGCCAGUCCCUCUGGAAGGUGGCUCUGAAGACCUGCAGUGCUGGAACGCGAGUGCCUAAGCCAAGCCCCCUGCUUUGGAGACAGGGACAGGAUGGAGGACAGGAGAGCAACUCCAGGGCAUCUGUCCUAAGCUCAUCCUUCCUAUGAAGGUUCCUUCUUAUCAGGAAAAAAGAGGAUUCAUCUAUUCUCCAAUUGUUCUUUCAACAAGUACUGUAUGAUCAAAAAUGUUUGAUAAAUGAAUGAAGGUUAAUUGAAUGUCCCCCAUGGAGAGCUUUGUGGACAUGCCGGGCUCGGGCCUGCUCUCCACCAUGCUGUACAUCUGGUUCCUUCUUAUUCUUCACGUUUCCAUUCAAAUGUCGCCCCCUAAGAGAAACCUUUCCUGGCCCCUCUACCGAAUACAGCUUAUGCCUCUCAGCUAUUCUAUCACUUUGUUUCCUUCAUGACGUCCGUCCUACAGAAAUCCCUGUUUACCAUUUACUUCCUUUCACAAAUGUAGGGACCUUAUCUGUAAUUGUUCACUGCUAUAUCCCAGCUGCAUGGAUAGUAGAUGCUCGAUCAGUAUUUGUUGAAUAAAAAAUGAAUAAAUGAAUGAGGUGACAUUGAUUUUGCCCAGGAAGAACACAUUCUGUAACUUUAAAUGGAGACGGAGUGAGAGAGAUAUUGGCCCGGAGCCUUAGGUCAUAAUGGCAGGUCCAGCAGGGGUUUAAUUAAUCAGGCACAUGCAUUUUCUGAAUUACAAAGUGUGCCAGGGACAUUUAAUUUCUGUUAAUUGGCACCAAGGAGGAGGGGUUGCUACUGAAAUUGCCAGCCAGCUGGCAGCAUGUCUCUGGUCAGUGUCAGACCUAUUCAUACAUCAGAAUGGACAUUUCAAAAGUGAAAUGUCCCCAUGGAGGCAGCACCCACAUGCUUGCUUGUUGGCUGCAUUUUGGGACACAGACAGCCCCCAGUCUUUAAUCUUCAACAGAUGAGGUGGUGAGACAGUGGAGACAACCAGAAGAGAAAAGACUGAUGAGGGUUAUAGCAUAAAAUGCAUUUUAAAACAAAUGUCAUGUUGCCUGAACUCUGGGCACCAUGUACUAGCUUAUCUGAAAGGAAAGAGAGCAAAGAAGCCAAGACUUGUAAACUUGCAGAGCUGGUCCACCAUUUGUAGCUAACGUUGGACAAGUGAUUUGUUUUCUGAGCUUCAGUUGUUUGA